UCUGACUUUGACGUCUAUAUUGUCAUAAUAGACAUUCUAAGGAAUGGUUUACUAAACUGAUAUUUUUUCUUGGGGGGGAUUCGAGGAUCUAUUUGAAAAAUGGAAGUGCGAAAAUUCAAAGCAAGCAAAAAAUAUCGAAAAUCCCACAAUGACAUAAACAUCAGCCCGAGGUUUGAUUACAAUUUCUAUAAGAGAACUCCGAAGUAUAAUCCAAGAGUAUUGAUUGGUAAUUGGUAUGAAGAAACUAAUAUUCUCAAGAAUCGCGAUCAUCAUUUCCAAACCGAGUACCAACGACAAUUUAGCACGAAAUUGAUGCCACAAAUCAGAAGAUUAUCAAAAGAAAAUGGAAUAAGUAAACAAUUUAGAAACGGUGGUUCGUCGUUCAAGAAAAAAUACCUCGAUGAUCACUAUUUGUCAACAUACGAUGUAUCUUAUCAAUGUAUACCGAACUUACAAGAAAAUUACAGUAAAUCCGAUAUUUUCAUAGAAAAUGCGGAAACAACUGAUCAUGGAAAUAAAACUUUCUCAGAAGUUGAUAUUUUACAAUCAGAAACUGAUCAUUUAGAUGAAGAUUAUUGUUAAUGAUUAAAUCGUCUAUAGGUUUUGUUUUAUUCCUGUUCUAUGAAAUUCUUGACAAUAAAUUAUUCUCUUGAAAAAAGCAAUGUACAAAAAUA